GUGCUCACAGAGCGUGUGUGGGAGAGGAUGUGGUUUGCAUUCUGCGGUCCUCAUGCCCACCUCAUGCAUCAGGAAUCCUUGCAGCCCUGUGAUUGGCCUGUGCGGGCUUGGGCUAAGUCCCUGCCAAAAUACCAAAAGACUGCAGAGGUGGGCAAGGACCUCAGCAGCCCCCAGACUAGCAAGCUACAAGCACUAGUCAUGACUGUACAGUUAAGGGCCGUCCGUCUGCUCCCCGUUCUCCUAGCCUGCUUCGUGCAAGCAAGUCCCAAGCAGGAGAAGAUGAAGAUGGAUUGUCACCGAGAUCAAAAAGACACCAUCUAUGACUAUGAGGCCAUCAUGCUUAAUGAGAAGGAAUACGUCCCCUUCAAGCGCUAUGUGGGCAAGCACGUCCUCUUUGUCAACGUGGCCACCUACUGUGGUCUGACAGCGCAAUAUCCUGAACUGAAUGCACUCCAGGAGGAGCUGAAGCCCUUUGGUCUAGUUGUGUUGGGCUUUCCCUGCAACCAAUUUGGAAAGCAAGAACCAGGAGAUAACAAAGAGAUUCUUCCUGGGCUCAAGUAUGUCCGUCCAGGGGGAGGAUUUGUACCUAACUUCCAGCUUUUUGAGAAAGGAGAUGUGAAUGGUGAAAAAGAACAGAAAGUCUUCAGCUUCUUGAAGCACGCCUGUCCACAUCCCUCUGAGAUUUUGGGCACAUUCAAAUCUAUCUCCUGGGACCCUGUCAAAGUCCAUGACGUCCGUUGGAACUUUGAAAAGUUCCUGGUGGGGCCCGAUGGAAUCCCUGUCAUGCGCUGGUCCCACCAGGCCACAGUCAGCAUAGUCAAGGCAGACAUCGUGGCCAACUUGAAGCAAUUCAAAACCCAGUAGGAAGGUGGGGUUAAGGGCAGGAGCCAUCCUGCUUCUCACCUAAUGACUUGCUCCCUCUGCCCACCCAAAAAAGGAACAUCCAUCUUCUCACCACACUCUCUUCCUACAUGGGCUCCCCAUGAGUAAAUCACCUCCACAUACUGCCAGAGUUCCACGCUCCACCAACUAGAUUUAUAUUUGGAUGCUACUGCUCAUUUGCCUCUCAAGAGUGUGUGAGUGAGGAUGGAAGAAAACGGAGACCUCAAAUCCCCAGACCUCUGUUACAGGUUGGAUUACUCAUACCCACCAGAGGGAAGUCAUCCUUCCUCAGCAGUGGUUAAGUCGGCCGUCACAUCCUGAAGAGCGUUCCUAGACACCCUGACUCUUCCGGUUCCCUCCACCCUGAGGUGUAGAAAUAGCAAUGCGGUCAUAGUCACACAAUUUAGGUUCUACUUCAUGACACUUUUUGUCCCCUAGGACAAACAUGUAUCAUCAGUUUCCAAUUGUUUUGUCUCCGUUUUCAUCCAUGACACCCCUCCCCCCACCAGCCGUUCUCCUAUGGGAGCAAGAACAUUGCUUCACAAGAAUAGAGGGCCUCUCCAUGCUGGUGGGACCCCGAACCUCCCUGUUUGGCCCUAGAAGAGUCUUCCUUAUUGUCUGGUCUUUAGUGCAUUCAGGUUCUGGCACCUGGGCAGGAACUUUAUCUUCUGGAGGAUGGGCUUUCCCAUCUCAACCCUGGAUUCCUCAGCUUCAGAAUGAGCCCCGCCACUGCCUCCAAUGAAAUGUUUUCUGUAGCGUCAAAGCUCUCUAUGGGGGUUUUUAAAUCCUACCUGGUGCUUGAACUCGUUUUAUCUCCCUCCUCCUUCUUACUCUGUCACAAAUGAUGUAUUGCCCAGAAGAUCUGAGCCCCCCAGAUGGAAAGAUUCACAUUUGGAAGGUUGUCACCCGAUGGCUCUCAGUUGUCAGUCCUCUUCAGGAAUUGCCUCAACCCAAGUUUGUCCUUUUUCCAGGGCAGCCUGUAUCCAAUCACUGGCCCCUAAGAGGCAUAAAGGCCAAACCCUAACUGUUCAGCUUAGAACGACUUUGAAGGGCCGUCGUAGCUCUAGACAUGCACGAGGACUAGGCCAGUAGCAUUUGUGCUUGCACUGCACCCCGAUUUUUCCCUCUGACAAAUCCUGCUUCUCUUCUUUGCCACCCCCAAACCCUCCGCGUGGACCCUCAGUUAAUGCCCUAGUAAAGUUCCUGAAUGCAAAUAUCCAUCUUAGAGUCUACUUUCUAGGGAAUCCAACGAGUAAUUGUUGGUACCAAAUGUGAUCUGAGAAAGAAGAUGCUAAGAAGAGCUAUUGAAGCUGGUUUAUUCACCAUCUGGUUGAUGAUGAGGAGAUGGCUGAAGCACACAUGACCACUGGCACAAGGAGCAGUGCCGUUGUCAGAACUUUUGCCAAACUUGAACUGGUGUGGUAAACCGGAGGAAGGGUGAGCACCAGCAGGCACGAACUAUUAGGUGCUUGAGAAACAUGAGGGGAACAGAUAUUAUAACGUCAUGCAAUUGGAUAGCCGUUGCCAGAGGAAAUCGACGCUCUGGAGAGAGACAGUUAAAGACUGAGGAUGAUACAUUAUUAAAUUAAGGCUAAGCGUGAAAGUGUGCCUCCGUAGGAUGUAUAAAGGACCUCUCCUAUCUGCAACUUCAGAGCAGAAAAAUCUAAACCCCAGGGCCAAGACUUAAUCACAGGAAUAGUAUUGAAAACUCUGAAGAAGUUAACUUCCAGCUGGGCACAGGGGUUCUUGCCUUUAAUCCCAGCACUUUGGGAGGCAGAGGCGGGAGCAUCACUUGGGUCUAGGAGUUCAAGAUCAGCCUGGGCAACAUACGGAAAGCCCAUCUCUCCAAAUUAAAAGACCUAGCCAGGCAUAGUGGCACACACCUGUGGUCGCAGCUGCUAGGGAGGUGAGGGAGGAGGAUCACUUGGGCCUGGAAGUCACGGCUGCUGCAGUGAGCUGAGAUUUCACCACUGCACUCCAUCCUCAGUAACAGAGAGACAUUGUCCUAAAAAAAAAUUCCCAACCUAAAUCGUUUUCUAUGUCAAAGUCAUGGCCUUUAUUGAAAAAGAAUAGAACUAUGAGAUAUUGGAUGGAGACUUCUGUUUGAUGUAUUAUUACAAUAUCCAAAUCCCCAAAUUUUCCAGGAACCCGAAAACCUUUAGAAGUGGCCCACCCCUUCUUACUGAGGGUUAGCAUAUCCUUCUUGCUUGAGAACAAUGCAGAUGACUGCCCUGCCAAAUAUUAUGUGCCUCAGCUCCCACUCACCGUCUGCUUCAUAUCAAACUAGAUUCUCAGAGUUCCUGAAGAAGGGGAGGGCAACCUGAAGUUAGAUAAGGAGACUUCAUUGAUUCGGGAGCGCUCUCCCUGAAUACAGAAUUUACACUUUGUCAAGAACCGACACACUGUUCAGAUGGCUCCCACUUGGGGAAAAAAAGAAAAAUGUCUCUCACUCAAUGUAGUAGAAGCACUACAACUGUUUCAGCAGGUGGUAGAAAUAGGGGAUCAAGCUGGGCACGGUGGCUCAUGCCUGUAAUCCCAGCACUUUGGGAGGCCGAUGUGAGUGGAUCGUCUGAGGUCAGGAGUUCGAGACCAGCCUGGCCAAAAUGGUGAAACCCCACCUCUACUAAAAAUACGAAAGAGCCUGGCGUUGAGGCAGGCGCCUGUAAUCCCAGCUCCUUGGGAGGCUGAGGCAGGAGAAUCGCUUGAACCUCGGAGGCGGAGGUUGCAGUGAGCCAAGAUUGUGCCAUUGCACUCCAGCCUGGGCCACGAUAGUGAAACUCAUCUAAAAAAAAAAAUAGGGGAUCAAAGUUCAUAAAAGUGGGCAGGUUCAAGUGGUUUCCAUGCAGUGCUGGGAACUCUGCUAGAUAACUGUAUAUCACAGGAAGGCCAAAGGACAUUCAGUCUGAAAAAUAAAAAAGGAAUGUGCUGGUGAGAGGGGCUAUUUGUUAUGUAGUUCAAUAACUUUAACAAAAAUUUAAAAAAUAUUUAAUCUGUCUUUGUUAAAUCUUCAUAGAAAAAGGCUGACAUUUAAUGCAACAAAGGUAAACAAUGGAUUUCUCAAGUUAUGAGACUUUGGCAAAUUUUCCAAUAAUAUUACUAUUUUUCUGCAUUUACUUAGCCUGCGUUGCAUCUACCUAUUGCAAACAGUGAUUUUUGUAAAGGAAAUACUCGCUCUCUGAGUGUUUCCGAGUAGCAAAGUAGUUUAACAUUAUUAGAUUUAGAAUCAGCGAGUGUCUGGAUGGGGGGAGAGGUUGGCAUUUCACUUAAAGCCGCAAACGUGUAGCCGAACGCAGAGUGGAGAGACAGGAGGUGGAACAGCGGGGUGUGAAGCCCGCGGGAUUCCGAAACGGUGGAUGGAAAACGCACGGGUUUUGUGCAGGCGGAAGACGCGCUUCUUGGUGGGGACUUCGCCCGGAAAGCGGUGACUGACACGUCUAUUUUACGUGCAGCCAUCUCAGCCUCCUGCUUUUGGUGAAACGAUGUGACUUUCUUUCGUUCAAAUGCUUUUAAAUGAUUGUCUGAUUUGAGAGAACCCGUGGGAGAAUCUGAGCCGAAAACCAAGGUACCGGUGACGGCAACCGCGAGUCCCCGGGCAUCUCUGAGAUGGGAGGAAAAGGGCUCUGGGUCAGCUAAUUCCGGGGUUCCCUUCAUUUUUGCUUUCAAUCCUAUCCGUGGAAGUCCCGUAUUAGAAGGUGCCUAAAGUUCAUAUGAUUCAAUACCUUUAAAAAAAAAAAGUUUGAAAAGAGGUCAUGUUUAAUCUGUGUGAGCAUCUUAUAUCUUCCCAAAUCCCCGUCGCCUCCACGGCUCCAGUGGCGCAAUCGGUUAGCGCGCGGUACUUAUAAGACAGUGCACCUGUGAGCGAUGCCGAGGUUGUGAGUUCAAGCCUCACCUGGAGCAGUUUUACUAUUCUCCUACCUGUAGAAAUUCAAAAAUGGGGAGAGCUUACCGAGUUUCAGAUCCCUUUCAGCGACCUACGUACCGUUCUCAUUUAGACUGUACUCGGAACCAUCACGUGAUCUGACUUACAAUUCCCAGCGUAAGGCAAUGAUGACAGAUGUAUUCUUACGGUCCGUUUAGAUGUCUGCCUUUGUCCAAUACCUCGGCAACAGUCGCCAAAACAGCUCUUGACAGUAUUCAUUUCAAUAAGAAACUGACCGGGUGUGUGUCUCACGCCUGUAAUCAGUUCUUUGAGAGGCCAAGGCGAGCUGGUCUCUUGAGUCCAGGAGUUCAAGACGAGGCGUGGGCAACGUGAUGAAACCCCGUUUCUACAAAACAUUACAAUUAAGCUAGGCGUGGUGGUGCGCACCUGUAGUUCCUGGGUGACAGAGGGAGACCCUGUCUCAAAGAAACCCGACCUUCAGAGUCUCAGGCCCAGAUAGAUGAGGAAUAUAUAAAAAAAUUAAUGACAAGUACUCCUCUGUGACUUUUCAACUCUGUGAAAUAAGGACGAUCUUGGGUUUUUUAAAUCAUUGAGGUGGUUUAGAGAUGCCUGACAGUCACACUUGGUAGCUUGUUUCCAGGUAGCCUAAUAUUUUUUCAAGAAAAUUCUAUAACAGACAGUUCUUACAUGUUGCAUACUUGUCAUGGUGGUUAGAAGCUGGAUGUACAGCCCUCUUUUCCAGAUACUACUCCUGAGUACCUUCCCACCACCUGGUAUCUUCCCAGACAGAUACCAGGAUCAGGCCAAACUCCCCCUCCCUUUGGAUUUUAAACUAAAUCUGAACAGAAAGAAGCAUCUGUGUGUUUUCUUUAGAAAUGUUUCAUUUAAGGCCGGGCGCGGUGGCUCACGCCUGUAAUCCCAACACUUUGGGAGGCCAAGGCGGGUGGAUCACGAGGUCAAGAGAUCGAGACCAUCCUGGUCAACAUGGUGAAACCCCGUCUCUACUAAAAUACAAAAAAUUAGCUGGGCAUGGUGGCACGUGCCUGUAAUCCCAGCUACUCAGGAGGCUGAGGCAGGAGAAUUGCCGGAACCCAGGAGGCGGAGGUUGCGGUGAGCCGAGAUCGCGCCAUUGCACUCCAGCCUGGGUAACAAGAGCGAAACUCCGUCUCAAAAAAAAAAAAAAAGUUUCAUUUAAUAGAAAAAAGAGUUGAAAAUGACAACUGAACAAUGUCAUAAAUUAUGACAGAAAGAGUUUCUUGUGUAAUUUCUUAGUCAAACUAUCAAUCAAAAGUGAGUAUGUUAUAAAGUCAUUUACAGACAGAGUCCCGCUCUCAUAAAAUUCCUAGAGGCUUUUCUCCAUCAAAAUGAUACAACACCGAUAAAAGAAAAACACAGGGAUCCAAAACAGGAAGAAGGCAAAGUAUAUCCCAGGUGGGUGGAAGAAUAGCCCCAGAAAGACACCUGUGUAACACGCCUAGAGAAUAGCCCAUCCAGACUGAAGCAGGGGGACGAAGGCUCCAGAGAGGAGACCACUAAGAAAAAUAUUAAAAAUGAUAGGUUCUUUGAGGUAUUUCUCCCUACUGAGAGUUGCCUAAAUUCCAGGAAAAUAAAUUGAGAAUGAAUUGGUUACAUGGUCGUAAAAGAUAAAGUAAAAGGCAGUUAAUAACUGUGUGGAAAACUAAAAGGCGCAUAAGAUAAGAAAUAUAUUCAUAGUACUAUA